GUAAGAGAAGAGAGAAAGGGCCGGUUUACAAUUCGCCGGCCUUUAGUGAAAGAAGGACCAACGAUGAUCCUAUCCUAACGAAGAAGGAGGAGUAGGAGCUAGCUUUCAUUGAAGUAGGGGCGGAAUCGAAUGAUUACGAGAUAGACAAUGAGAAAGAGCCAAGAGGGGAGAGCACUUAGACAAUUCACUUUGAGUACUGGGAAGUCUGCUGGUAGGAAUUCCUCAGGGCGUAUUACGGUUUUUCACCGAGGGGGUGGAUCGAAACGAUUGCAGCGAAGAAUUGAUCUGAAACGAAGCACUUCGUCUAUGGGCAUUGUAGAAAGAAUCGAAUAUGACCCUAAUCGUUCUUCUCGGAUGAUCAAGUCUUACCGGGGUCCUACUUUCGGGAACCAAAUGGUUCCAUCUGAAGGAUCUCGCGGCUCGGACGUAGAAGAUUCCUCCUUAUCAGGCGCUGCAAAACCCCACUCUGGUGUCGAUAAAGCCUCUGGCUCCGGAGAAAAAUCAGCUUCUGACGCACUUUUUCUAGCCAAGGGGAAACGACCUUUAGAGGUAAGCCAAGAUGCAGUUUGGGAGGAUGUCGAUCGGGAAAAGCGACAGAAAAAGAUUUCAGAAGAUUCUGACAGGACAAGUGAUUGGGUUACUGACCGUGAAAACAAAUUAGGAGAUCUAAUUAAUAAUUUGAGGAAAGAAGAGAACAUGCGCCCUCUCGCUCCUUUCCGGCUCCAAGAAGUGGUGGAGAGUUUGGAAGGCAAAUAUUCCACAGAGCGAUUGGACGAGAUAGUCAAAGAUAUCGAAGAGAAGGGAAAAGAGAGUUCCUUCUAUCAGGAAUCAAAAAUAGAUCGAGAUCUUCCUAGGGAGGCUGCAUUGAAAGCGGCCUUUAAGGACGUCACGAAAGCCAAGAAUCCUGCAUCCUAUUAUUUCUUGACCUCCUCUUUGAUUUUCAACAAGAUGAUUGUAACUGUCCGAUGGCAGAGAGUUUUAGAAGAUUCUCGGGUACUAAGAUCAUUUCUAUCAAAGGUGAUCUUAAUACUCACCGAUGGUCUGAAUAAGGAGAUGUGUAUUGCCGCCUACUUGUUCGCCAAACAGGUAAUCUAUUUGGGUCGAAAGAGCGGAUAUUUACAUCUUGCGCUUUAUCUUAAGCAGUGUAAUACUUGUCUCAUGACUGCCUAUGGCGGCGUCAAUCGACCUAAUGGUUCUUUAUCUGUCCCUGUCUCUCUAACACGGUCAGAUAAGAAGCUUUUUGAGCCAAUCAUCAGUCCGGUUAAGGAUAUGGAUAGGGUCCGUGGUCGUGUAAGUCAAGUGAAAUGUGACUUAGUUAAGAUCAUGGACCGUUAUCUACCCUGGCUGUCCACCAUACCCCUUGAACAAGGGUGUGUGUGGGCUCCGACUUGGAAGGCGUUACCAACUGAGAAGAUUGUAACGUCUGUCCUUGUUAACCGUAAGAAAAUGGCUUAUGAAAAGGUUAAGGCCAUAAAAUCAUCUUUUCUAGCCUUUCCUUAUGAGUUAGCGUCAUGGACCUUCCUAGUAAGGAAUAUCCAUGCCAUGGGGGAACAGUGGUCUCCCGGCAUUUUGUGGCCGGUUUACACAAGGUACCCUCGGGGUAAGCUAAAUAAGACGAUUAGUGGCUUAUGCCUUGAUUACUUUGAGAAGUAUAUCGGUCCGGUGCUACCCACUGUUGACCAAAUGGGUAUUCCGCCUUAUACAGGACGACUGGGUCAGAGUUUAGAGGGGGGAGGCAAGAGGAGACUUUUUGCAAUAGGGAACUAUGUAAACCAACGGUUACUUGCGCCAGUUUAUCAAAACAAAAAAAAAGGCUUGCAUUCUCAUUCUGCUUUAAGAGGCAAGCUGUGGACCACCACGUCUGUGCUGUGUCCAGGCCUGGCAUAUCUCGAUAAGACCAUGCGAAGACAUCUCGCAAUUCUCGAAUUGACUCCUCAUGGGGCGGAAGCCCUUUUAAGUAAGGACCUCGAGCCCUAUCUGAAUGAUCAUAUUGGCUGGGCAACAUUUGAAUCUGGAGACAAAGCAAAAAGGGAAUGAGCAAGCAUAGAAUCUGAUCGAAUCAGACCAAGAUGAACAGUGGGCCCUAUUUUGAGUAAGGGGUGAGAAGGAUGCCCUAUCUUAUCCAAAGAUGGUAGCAAGCUCUUCUCUGAAUAGGUUCCCAAUCCAAUGAUCAUGCCUUCAUUCCUUAUUAAACACGAUAUUUAUCGAAACCUCUAUUAUUUACGACUGAUUCCGUUCCGCCCUCCCCAUGCUGAUUGAUUUACUUCUUGUUCUAGGACGCUUUCUACUCUUUCUUGUCUGCCCAAUGAACUUCCUUCUUCUAU